CUCAUUAUAUACUAAGUUGAAGAAUUUAGCUGCGUUAUUGAAGAGCCAAAAAAAGAGAGGAAAAGUUAAUUGAAUUUUUAGGCAAAAUAAUGACAUGCAAAUUGUCAAUUUCGCUCAAUGAAAUGGUCUUUCUUCAGGCUUGAGAUAAUUUGCAAGCUCAUCUCCUAGAUUAGAACUCUGCUAACUUAUCUUUAUUGUCGGCAAGCACUGAUGAUGUAAACUUGGACGAAUGGCAAUUUGCUCUGCUUAAAUCGCAUCAACUCAUAAAUCGUGUCGGAACAAACAUUGACUGUUGUGUGUUUGAAUUUCCUUUCUGCUCUGUCGCUCAGGGCAGAAACAAGCUUGAGUGCUUGCAAAAACACUGGCGUACCCGUGGUACGAACGUUUCUUUGUUUGGCCGUAAUUUGAUUAGUGGAAUUGCGGGCCUUGGUGAAUCUCCCAUGGCGUGAGUUUGGUUUUAUUUCUUUCAGACGGUAGCAGCUUAAUAGCUUUUGUCAAAACGUUAUUCAAACAAAACAGCGGGGCCUAAGGGCAAAAUGGGCUCGUAACUAUCAAUUGAAUCUAAUUAAAUUACAACCAAGGCGUUGGCGCUCGACCAAUCACAAGCUUGCGGGGACAAGCCAGAAAACGACACAAUUAAAAGCAACGUCCUGAUUGGCGGAGAAACUCAUCUCAAUGCAAAUAGUUUUUACAAAGCAAUUAUCUUUCGACAGUUUCCCUUACACUUGGAACUAGCAUUGGCCCAGAAAGGUUUGUCGAACACGAAUGACUUUAACGUCAUGUCAGAACAUUUUGCGCAAUUUGAUACUUCCGUGGGAUUCCAACUGGAAAACGCGGCGGACGGCUUAAACGAUCACAAGACUAACUCGAGAAAUUCGACGCAGGACUUGGACGAGGUCGACAUCAAAGACCCCGUAUUAAAAGGUUGCCCCAUGAAGAGAAAACGAGAGGAGACCGCGGCUACAGCAGACGAAUUGACUAUCAGCAAGAGGAGACACAGGACAACGUUUACACAAGCGCAACUCGACGCAUUAGAGGAGGCAUUCAACCGUUCCCAGUAUCCUGAUGUAUACACGCGGGAGCAGCUUGCUAAAGGAAUCAAUUUGAACGAAGCUCGCGUCCAGGUUUGGUUUCAAAAUCGACGAGCAAAACAUCGAAAACAAGAACGACAGCAUCCACGGUCGGCCUUCCCGUAUCAUCAUACGGGCAUUUACUAUCCACACGAAGGACUGUACUCUCCCGCAUCUCACCUGUACUUCCCAGUGCCUCCUAUGGCCUGCCCGGUCAACUCUUUACCAGGCUCCUCCAAAACUAUUAUUGAAAGUCACAGCCCUCCAGGAUCGCGUCCAGGCCGCUCGCCCUGUCGGUCGUGUCCUCCUGGGAGUAUAUGUUGUAGCGCGGGGCCUGGGCCUACCACUUCAUGGAACCCAGCCUUCCCUCGAUCGCUUUCUCCAUCAAAGAGCGCAUUGUACGAGAAAGAAGGCCAGUCAUCACUCGGCCUGGUGAGACAUGAAUGGUCUUCAAAAAGCCUGGCCCUACUAAGAAUGCGGGCGCAGAGUUACAAUCACGUGUUUGGUCCACCGUGUUUUUCGUAGGUUUAAAAAAGUUUCAAGCCACAUUCGAGAGAAACCAGAAGCGUUUACAGGGAAACAAAAACUAUGGGGCUUCUCGAGCCACUGCCGACUAGCCGGCAUGGCUAUCAUCUCUCAGCAACGCGAAGCUUGAUGGGGUUACACUAGAAUAGACUGCAAAUGGUAGAAUAGCAGAAGUAUUGAAAUCGGCUCAAUUUGAAGAUAAAUUAAUAGGUUGCUAAUUUAUAAUGUAGCCUUCGUGUAGAUGAUUUCUUUUAUCGGUUUUUGUUUUAUUUUUAACCCAGUUUUUGCGGCUUUGUUUGAAUGGAAUAAAAAUAUUUUCUAUGGUGCUUUUGCACAAGGCAUUAGUUUCGCUGGCAGUAUUGAAUUUGCCUCUUAUUUAUUCAAUUCAGAGUUUUUAUCUAUUUUAUUUAAAAAGUAAAAUUGAAUUGAAUUGAAUUCUGAUGUGUAGAUCGCAUUCCAACAGACUGAUACCUCGAGUUUCUGGGCCCCAUUUUGCUACAAGCAAAAUGAUUUUUUUUCUUUAAUUUAAAAAUGAAGAGGGAAGAACGGCAAUAUAUAUAUAUAUGUAUUUAAAAAUGCCUGCCUGGUUAUUUUUCGGGCUGGCAUGAUCUUCUGAAUUUUGUAAGAUAUGUAAGUAACGUACUUUAAUUGAGGUCUUAAUAAAAUGGGUUUCUUUAAAAUAGUUUGGAUGUUUUUAGAAUGGGAUUCUACUGAGACACCGAGAAAUUUCGUCUGUCACACAAGUUGAACUCUAGCAAACAAUUAGAUUAGGAGUUGAGAUUUCUAUGAAGUGAUAGUUGUUGAGGCCAAGAGCUGAAUCAACUAUUCAAACAAUUGAGUGCUUCUGUCGAGGAACUAUCGGCUGAUAGCUGCCCCGCGGAAUUUUUUGA